AGGGAGACGACGCAAAACAGCAGUUCCACAGCGAUGGCCACAAGUGUCCCGACCGGUCCCGACUGAACCCGGACUAAACUCACUGUGGAGGCUGAGCGCGGAGCUGAGAGCACCGGGGGACACUUCACCGCAUCUGUGUGAAUAAAAAAAUCCCAGAGCUUUGGACUAUAAAGGAGUAGCUGCUUCGUGCUUAAAGCCACUCAACUUGCUGUCUGUAAAGUGGAUGACAGAUCACAGAAAGAACAUCCUCCGCUGGCGUGCUAUGGCCUCUGUAUCGAGCAGUGCUUCGGAUCACCUGGGCAGACCUCAGUAAACUCCGGGCUGGUUUGAGCUGCAGGGAUGAUCACCUCCCAUAUGAACGGUUAUGUGCAAGAGGCCUCUGGUCAGGCCAUGAGCCACAGGGAGAGGGCCGUGGACUGUCCGGGGGAGGAGAGCAGCAUCGUCAAAUCUCCCCACUGCAGCGCCCACAUGGAGAGGAUCCAGCACUACCAGGAGGAGCUGAGGAAGAGGAGGGAGGAGGAGGGCAGGGGGAAGCACGACAUCGACCCCAACGCUUCACUGCGGCUCAAGAAGCUGGCACAGAACCCCAAGGUGGGCAUAGACAAUCCCACCUUCGAGGGGAAGGAAAAAGCCACCAAAGACACAUGCUCCCUGGAUCCUUUAGCCGAAGUGGCGGAGGUGCUGCAGGCUCUGAAGUGGGCGCAGCACUGCCUGCACGACGCGCAGAGCCAGCAGGAUGUGGAGCUGAUAAUGCAGCUCGUUGUCAAGGAGGACUUCAGGAAUGCCUUCACCAUCUACAGCGCUGUGUCCCAGCAGAUGGCCAUGGUCAGCCCCACCUCGCCCCUCACAGCGCAGGCAGAGGAUCUCUGCAUGGAGGUCCAGAGGAUUCUCCAGGCCAGCCAUCAGAGGGAAGGCUUGGAGCUCAAGGCUCUGCUCACCAAUCCUCAUCUCCAGGCCCUGAUGCAGGCUCAUGACACGGUGGCAGGGCAGGAGAUAGCCGAGGAGAGUGUGGCCCAGUACCUCGGAGAGACCGUCAAACUGGUGCGUCUGCAGAAGGCCCGCGACACCCCACUGGGUGCAACGGUGCGUAACGACAUGGACAGUGUGUUGGUGAGUCGGGUGGUGAAAGGUGGAGCGGCGGAGAAGAGCGGCCUCCUCAGUGAAGGAGACGAGAUCCUGGAGAUCAAUGGCAUAUCUAUCCGCGGGAAACACGUCAACGAAGUCCACGACCUCCUGCAACAAAUGCAAGGCACUCUGACCUUCCUCCUCAUCCCGAGCUCUCAGAUUAAACCUGCCACUCACAGGCAGACUGUGAUGCACGUAAGAGCCUACUUUGACUACGACCCCUCCGACGACCCCUUCGUGCCGUGUCGGGAGCUCGGCCUGUCCUUCCAGAAGGGGGACAUCCUCCACGUCAUCAGCCAGGACGACCCAAACUGGUGGCAGGCCUACAGGGACGGAGACGAGGACAACCAGCCGCUCGCUGGACUGAUUCCAGGGAAGAGCUUCCAGCAGCAGAGAGAGACCUUGAAGAGAACUAUAACUGACAGGAGUCGUGAUCAGCAGGGGAAAAUUUGGUAUGCAAAGAAAGGCAGGAGACAGAGGAAGAAGCCUGUGUCUACGCUGAACAGAAAUGCUGACUAUGAGGACAUCCCGACCUACGAGGAGAUGUCGCUCUAUCACCAGGCCGCUAACCGUAAACGCCCCAUCGCUCUGAUCGGGCCGACCAACAGCGGCCACGAUGAGCUGCGGCGGAGGCUUCUGUCCAUCGAACCGGAGAAGUUCGCUGUUGCUGUCCCAUACACAACCAGAAACAUAAGGAUACAUGAACGGAACGGGCGGGAGUACCAUUUUGUGAGUCGGCCUGCCUUUGAGACCGACUUGGCGGCGGGGAAGUUCAUUGAGUCGGGAGAUUUUGGGAAGAAUCUGUACGGCACCAGCACCGACUCAGUGCGACACGUCGUCAACUCUGGACGCAUCUGUCUGCUCUGCCUCCACACCAGGUCACUGCAGAUAUUGAGGACGUCCAACCUCAAGCCAUAUGUCCUCUUCAUCGCCCCUCCUUCUCAGGAACGACUACGCACCCUGCUGGCCACAGAGGGGAAAACACCAAAGCCUGACGAUCUGAAGGAGAUCAUUGAAAAGGCCCGCGAGAUGGAGCACGACUUCGGCCACUUCUUCGAUGCGACCAUCGUGAACAUGGAUCCGGAUCAGGCUUUCCACGAGCUGCGCAGGCUGAUAGAGAAGCUGGACACUGAGCCGCAGUGGGUGCCCACCUCCUGGCUGUGCUAGAGGUCACAGAGGUCACUGCAAGGAGCCUCAGGGCAGCAAGAGGUUCAACAGAAGAGCAAUAAUGAAUGUUCCUGGAGAGGAUGGACAGUGCUGGUUGUCGCUGGAUUUUCACGUGUUGCAGGGAUGGACUCAAGUUUCUUACAUUUCUUUAUGUUUGUGUGUGUGUGUCUCUGUGGGUGAUUUUUAUUUGUUUAUUAUUGAUCUCAGUUUAUGCAAAGUCAAUUAUGAAACACAUAGAAAUGUUUCCAUCCUAUUCUUAAUAGUAAUUUAUAAUUGUAAAUAUAUAUUUUCUAGACAAAAA